CCCGUUUAUCCCGGCGAACAGCGUGCAGCGGGGAUGUCAACAACACCGGGCAGCGGGUCAGCCCGGUAAUGAAGACACUCCAGUCUCUGUCUUAGGGAACCCAUUGAACCAUGAUCACCACAGAGGCUGCCAGAGAGUUCCACGCCAAAGAGCGGAAACACAAAGAGCAGCUGAGGAGAUGUUUAUCAUCGGCUUUAUCUGCAGACCUGGACAGGUUGCUGCAGGAGGAGCUGGAGGCUGACGUUUCUCUGUAUGCCGGGUCCGGCUCCCUCCAAGCUCACAGAGCCGUGCUGUUGGCCAGAGCUCCUCAUGUCCUUCAGGGACAAACGCACAAAGACCCCUCCAUUGUUCAUCUGCCCGGCUAUGAGCUGUCCGGGUUGAAAGAUUUCCUCAGGCAGCUGUACACAGCAGACCAGAGCACGCGCUCGUCUGAAAUAAUCCCAGACGUGGAGGGCUCAGUACCAGAAAGUUCUUCGCCUCUUCCUGACUCGGCAGACCUUCAUAGUUCCACUGACUCAGACACUGGUCUUGAGCCAGCGUCGGGCCUCGGCGCUGACUUGCUGGAUCUGUACCAGAGGGGGGAGCAGUGUGACAUCACCAUCCAAGUAGCGGAGCAGGUCUUCUCCUGCCACAGGGCAAUCCUGUGUGCACGGUCCCAGUACUUCCGAGCCAUGCUGAGCGGGAGUUGGAUGGAGAGCUCCAGACAGUGCAUCACUCUGCAAGGCUUAGGGCCAGAUGAGAUGGAGAUCCUGCUCCAGUUCAUGUAUGGCGCCAUUGUGGAUCUGCCACCUGGAGCCAGUGCCAGUCAGGUGGUGUUGGCAGCAGACAUGUUGGGUUUAGAAGGACUGAAAGAUGUGGUGGAGAUGGUUCUGACCCGUGACUACUGCCGCUUCUUCCCCAAGCCCAUUGACGGGGUUCAGAGAACAGUUCUUGAGUGUCUCUCCCUCACCCACGCCUUAGGCCUUCAAAACCUCCACAUGCUGUGUAAGAGGUGGGUUUCUGAUCAUUUUGUGAAGUCCUGGUGUGAGAGGAACUUCUCCCUCCUGUCCCCUGAGCUCCACGUAGCCUGUCUAACAGCCGUUACUGAAACCAUGACUGUGCAGAACGCUGUGACCAUGCUCUGUGGCACUGAGCAGUUGAUUGGCAGCCUCCCAGAAGUCAAGUGGGCCCAACAGGUGAGGAGUCUCGCCACAGAGCUCCAGGAGGAGAGCCUGCAUGUCAUCGUCCAGUAUCUCCCCAGAGUCAUCCGCACUCAGGCCUUCCAGGACCUCUGCAGGAGGGAGGAGUUUACCCGUGAGCCCACGUUGUUGAAGAAGCUGUGUUCGGCCAUCAAAGAAGGCGUGACUGUGGACAACUGCUGUGAGCUUUUCACUGCUGUGCACUGUCUAUGUGGAGAUGACAUGGAAGAGGAAAGAGGGCAAAAACAAGAGGAGCCGUUCAGGCAACAGAUUUGUACUCUGCGCAGUCGGCUGUGGACGUUCCUGCUUCAGACCUUUUACGCCGUCCGCCACACGCAGGGAUGGGAGACCCUGUCCUCCAAACACAGAGAGAGGAUACUGGCAGAUGCCAUUGAUAAAGGGGACAAUCGAAGACUUGGCAAAAAGCCUGUAUUCACUAGCUCACAGUCGAGGGCUGUAAAAUGCCCUUCAUCUGCACCUGAGAGUCCUCCUGUGCACAGGACCCAGAGGGUGUCGGAAAACGCUACUUCUGUCCACCGUAGUGCUGCUUCAGCCAUGAAGUCUGAUGGACUGGGGACAGCUACCAAACCGGGAGAGGGUCCCACAUCCAAGGCAAAGACUGCGAAGAAGCCAGGUGACCGGAGUGUAGCAGCAAAAGCAAAGACGCCAUCAGCCGGAGCACCAGUUGUCAACGGCACAGGAGCUUCAGGGGCCAGGCGGGAUGUAGCCAGCGCCAAUGGCCCCAGAAGCUCUCAUGGUGCUAGAGAGCAAGAGAAGAAGCCAAACCCAGGUGCAAGGCCUAAAACAUCUCCCCCGAGCUGCAGCCAGACGGGAGCAAUGAAGGCUCCAAAGAGCUCAAUGGGAAAGGCUGACAGCACCGUUGGCACCAGCCAAGUUCAGCCCAGCGCUUCCUCCACAUCAGGCAGCGCCUCGCCAGAGAACGGUGCCAGCAGCCCUCGCAACGACACCCACUCAGUCCCAGGUGCAAAGCCCAAACACCAGACUAAGGCGGUGAACAAAUCCCCACUGACAAAACCUCCUCAGAAAUCAGAUACAGCAAGGAUCAGCAGUCCUACCAAUAAGUCAAGUGCAAGAGAAAGUGGCAAAGUCAAGACUGGUGCAGCAGAGAAAGCGUCUGCUGGAGGGACAGCAGCAAAGGCAGACACCAAGGGAAGAGGCACAGCAGACCACCAUGUCUCUAAGCAUGGAUCCUCCAUGAAAAAGCCAGCCUCCCCCAGGAAAGAAGACGGCAAAGACGGGUCGAAAUCCUCAGCACCAGACAGAACAGCCAGUGAAGCUCAUAAAAAGAAGAUCACGAAACCCUCUUCGGCGACUGGAGCCUCAGCUAAAUCCAGUGCUAAACCACCAAAAGCCUCUCAAGCCCCCUCCAAGCAAUCUUCAGUUGUAGCUGCCAAGUCUGGACCAAAGCCAAAAAGCACUACUGAAUCAUCUGCGGAGAAAGCUUCUCCAAAAUCUGGACAAGCUUCCAAAACCUCAGCUGCAUCUGCCUCCAAGAAAUCAGGAACUAAAGGAAAAGAGUCCGUAAAUGGUAAUAAUUCCGAUUGUAAAACUGAGCUUGCACCAACUGAAAACGAAGGAGACGUCGCAGUGCAUAAAGAGAGUACGGAUGCAGCGCUUUCUGACCAGCUUGCAGCACGCAGUACACAGCCAACAAGCCAGGGUGGAGGGGAUUCCCUCAGCCUUGAACUAGAAUCAAGCCCUACGCAGAGUCUCCAGAAGACUGAAAUACAGUCACUAAACACUACGAGUGCACCAGCAGCUCACAAACCCCCCCACAGCAAACGGGCUAAUGCAGACACUUGCAAACAGACUGAGGGGAGUAAAGUGAAACAGUCUCCAGGCGGUGUCAUCCGCGCUCAUAUCAACGGAGGGCAAGCUCAAGAGGUCAGCUCCCCGAAUUCUCCCAGAGACACCGAACGCCCCGUAGACACCCCGUGUAGCAUGGGAAGCACUGAGACUCCCGUAGAGGACUCCUCCUGGAGCGGCAUCCACCAUCAGGUCAGCCCAGAGUCUGAGACCGGCAGCACGCACACCACGUCCUCCGACGACAUCAAGCCCCGCUCUGAGGACUACGACGCAGGGGGCUCGCAAGACGACGACUGCUCCAACGACAGGGGCGUGUCCAAGUGUGGCACCAUGCGGUGUCAUGACUUCUUGGGUCGCAGCAGCAGCGACACAAGCACCCCGGAGGAGUUAAAGAUGUGUGAAGGCGGGGCCGGGUUGAGAGUGGAGGUGCGUCUGCGCGGGAGAGAAGCAGAAACCACCAGCGAGGAGGAGGUAGUCAGGCAGCGUCCUCGUUCCUGGUUGCAUAGAGACGAGCUUCCCGUCCAGGAGGAGCACUCAGAGGCCGCUUUGACUGUGAAAAGCGUGCCCGACUCCCAGCUCUUCUCCUCUGAGGAGGAAGAGGAGGACGAAGAUGAGGAGGCAACGGAAGACGAAAGGUCUGAGGUUGAGGUCAUUCCAGGUCCGGCGCCGCCGACUGAACCCUCGCCGCUCUUUCAGGGGAUCGUCAACCUGGCUUUCGACGACGACGGCGUGGACCAGGAGAACGACCAGCCCGACUUCCAGUCGUCUUCUAACUUCCGUCGCUCAGUGUUGCUCUCUGUCGACGAGUGCGAGGAGCUGGGCUCAGAGGAGGGCGGCGUCCAAACUCCACCUCAACAGCCGGAUGACGCUGUGACUCCCUGUGACGUUUUUGAGUCUGACUCGGCAGCCCCUCAGUCCAACUGUGCCCCCUCCAGUGACCAACAGAACCACCUGCCGUGCCACCUUGAUAGUGCAGACAGAGAGCACGAAAAAGGCGGCGAGGAACAUAAAGAAAAGUCCUCUGUAUUCCUCGCAGAGAUCGGGGAGCCCGCUCAGGAGGAGGGCAAUGGAGUGAAGUCCAGUGGCCCUCUCCUGGAUGCUGACGCCAGAGACCUCCCUCCCCAGGAGCGCCCAUGCCACCUGGAUCUGCGGCACACUGAACAGUACAACGGAGGGCCGCGCAAAAAUCACACCAAUCCCUCAGAAAGCAAGAAAGCUGAUUUACAUCUAGACUUAAAUGAGCCUCAGCUGACAGGGGACUCUCCUGUACAUGCUGCACAAUCACCAUCAGGUAAUGUAUGAUCUACGGACCCUUCCUAGACCCCAAAUCCAAAGCCAUCUCUUAUCCCUAAACUCCCAUCAGUGAAGGUUUAGUUUAUCCCUGCAAGAUCCAUUCUCCUCCACUCUGAUUCCUAGACCUUACCUCCAUCCAACAUAUACCUAUCCCUCUUUCAGAAAAAAGGAUAUAGUGCAGUAACUGAUAAAAAAUACAAGUUCAAAUUCAAAUGAAGUCAUCAUAUUUUCAUAGCUGAAGCUUCCUCUCAUUUCAACCCAUUGAUUGUGUAGCUGUUGUAAAUUUGAAUUUGCAACAUCCAUAUCCUUUUAAAGAUGGAGAUUGGUUUCAUCAUAGCAAAUAACCUAAACUGUACAUUUUAAAACAACUGAACUACCUGUAGUCAGAGGCAUGUAGGCCUUGGUAACUCAGUUUACACACAAAAAAGGGAAAGCAGUGUACAUUUCCUAAAGACUGAUCAUAGAAUUGUAUUUGUCAAAAAGAAUCUGCCUUGGGACAAGGCCUGUGACAUAGUCAUACCAAUGCACUUUUAUGUACAUAAAAAUACGAUUUUUUGAUUAUGUUUGUCGUUUCUUUUAUGCAGUGGAUCAGUCUUUGGCAUUUUUAUCAAGCCAUAGAUAUAUUGACAUGCUUGGAGGUGCUUUAAAUAUAAUUUAACAUCAAUAUAUCAUUGCCAAAUCAUUUAUGGUUUGUUGGUAUAAUUACUUUUACAGUGACCAUCGUUGAGAUAAUUUUAUGCCGCGCCGCUGAUAGUGAUGUUGAUAAAGCUAAAGUUUCUUAAAAUGUUGUUUACAUUUCCCCUAAACCCCAUCCCUCAGGAGAGUGUUGCCAUUUAUUUUGCUUUAUUGUAAAAGAUAAUUGUGUUUGGCUUUUUACUCAUUGAACCGUUGCCAUUUUGAGAAACACAAACUUUUGGCUCCAGACGCUCUCCUUCUUUUGUGCCAAAAAGCACAAACAGCUCUGGACCUUGUGGUACACCACGUCAGCUACAGCGUCACUACGUGCUGCUUGGCUUCUCAGUGAUGGUCUUUUGGUUUACAGUAAUUAUACUAACAUCUGGAAAUUAAUUUCAAAAAGAUGUGUUGAUGUUAAACUGCUAUAUGUAGCACCUUUUUAAGAAUUUGUGUUCAGGUAAAUUACAAGCAAGUAAUGCUUUCUUUAAAAUUUCUGUUGAGUGAUAUACCGAACAUCAAGGUAAAAUGCAAAACAAUGGUACAAAAUAGUUGACACUAAACUGCCACUGCUUCUCAGAAAAGAUUGUUAUACUGGGGAACUUUUCCCUUGCAUCUCCUUGCUGUUUAUUUUUUUUUAUUUCUAUUGGAGAAUGUACCUGUUCCUGAGGUUUCUUUUUGUUUGUUUUUAUUUUUAUUUUGCACUGCACUGCGCACAUGCAUGCUAUUAUUAAAUUAUUUUGACAUUCCCCUCUACAUCAAUCAUUUUUGUGUAUGUUUUUUUUUCUCCAUUAUCCAUUACCUUUUGUCAAACCCAGUAGACGUUUAUAUGUCUAGAUACAUAGACAUUUACUUUUAAAGAAGACUGUGUUUUGUUGUCUUUAAGCUUGUGUUCAGUAGGUUUAUGUAGUGUCAGUAGCUCCUAUGUAAACUAUGUGAUGUGUCUCUAGAACAGCUGUCACGGUCCUGCCAUGUCUCUCUUUUUUCACUACCAUAUUCAGAAAAAGAAAUCCUGCUGCACCAUUACUGAGGGUCAACCCCGAUGCAAACAUGUGAAUCGUUUUGUUUUCAAUAUCAAACAGUGAUCAGUUACGUCAUCCUUUGCAUUUUUGAAAUUGUAAGAAAUCGAAUGUCAAAAGAAACCUGGGGGUGUCCCAUCUUUUUUUGCUACUAAGUAAAGCACUGUUGCUUGCAUUUUAGUUAUUUUUUGUGACCGUAUUCAAGUCUGUUCAUUAGGUCUGCCCGUUCAAAGACCUGCACGUAAAUCUCAAAAACAUAUCACUGUUACUGACUGACACAUGCAGUGUCAAGUUCACUGGUGCUGGCAAUGCAUGGCUUACUUUGUUUGAACAGGUGGAUAAAGAGAUGCAUUCAGAUUAGCGUUCCUCCCAUCAUUACCUUUAAGGCAACUGUAUACCAUUGACAUCCAUAUUUGAUGUGAUUGGUGAAUAUCAACCUAAUAAAUUUAUAAUUGGUGAUGGUAUAGCAUCAAACCGACCAUAAUGUGACCAUCAAUGUGCUUCGGUACUGUCCUCACCUAACAUCCAUGUGGAAUGUCUUUUAAAGGACACAGUUGCAUUAAGAGUAAACAGUGACUAGUCUCUGAAACGUGUAAAAGAACUGUUGAGGAGUGAAGCAGUUUGUCAUUUUGCAGUAUUGUCAAUUGUUUUUAGGGGACAAUGGUUGUGACAGAUUGGAUCAAACCUGCAAACAUGACCGGCGACCAUCCAAAGCCCUCUCUCCCAUUUACGAGACGGAUGUGGGAGA